AUGCAGCUUCUCUCCAUUGCUUUCACCGUCUUAGCUGUCCUGCUCGGGCUUACGAGUUCUGCCAUCGGCGGCGGCGAGUGCAAGCAUCCAUCUGUCCGAAGGGAAUGGAGGUCACUCUCGAAUGAAGAACGCGCAGAAUGGAUCAGAGCCGUUAAGUGCUUGGCAAAAUGGCCUCAUGACGAGAGAUUAGCGCCGAGCGUUGAUCCUAGUAUAUCGCUCAUUCCACCAAUCAACAGGUCGUCAUCGUAUAAUGACGAUAUUUCAUACAUGCAUAUGGACUUGAACACCAAGAUCCACUGGACUGGCUUGUUUUUGCCGUGGCAUAGAUGGUAUGUGCACGUACACGAACAAGCAAUGAAGGAGAAGUGCGGCUUCACCGGCACGCAGCCCUAUUGGGACUGGUCGAAAGACUCGGCUGCUCCGGACCAAUCGCCGCUCUUCCUAGAUGGUAACCCCCACACGGGCUUCGGCAGCGUUCAUGGCGACCCGAACCACGAUCAUACCGUCGUCAACGGCGCAUUCACCGACUUGAUGUUCGCCUAUCCUGCACCCCACAGGCUGAGACGCGUGUACAACCGGACUCCCUGGGAUAUUUACAACGCGAGCUCCUUCACUCCAAAUCCAGAAAAGUUCGCCGGCGAUUCCAUAAAUCCGUCAGAGGUCCACAAGUUGAUAACCGAAUUCGACGGAAAUUAUACCGGUUUCCAGGCGUAUUUUGAGGGUUUCCAGGGAGCACACAGUGCCAUACACCUCAUGAUGGGAGGGGACAUGGGUGGUGAAGAUUGCCCAGCAAGUGCCCCGAAUUGCGUCACUGGUCCUAAAUGGACAGCGAAUGAACCCAUGUUCUGGAUGCAUCACGGCAUGGUCGACAAGAUUUGGUCCGAGUGGCAGCAUCAUAAGGCCUCAAACUUCUGGUUGUAUGCCGGCGGAUCCGUAGAGGAAAUCGACACACCCGCCCAUUACGACAAAUAUCCAACCGGGGGGCCCCCUUUCCUUUCGCUGGAUUCCAUGUUGCCAGCUGACGGGCUCUUUCCCGAGGUCCCUAUCCGCACUGUUAUGGACACUACGGGCGGUUACUUAUGCUACGUAUAUGAAUGA